GAAAGCCUAUAUUAGACCAAGCUUAGCUCUAGAAACAAAAGGAUACAGAUGAGUUUAUUUCACAACCAUCAAUCAAUGGCAGAUCAUCAGAAGAUCCAUCCGGUGGUGCACGACCCCGAGGCGCCCGAGACACCGCCCCAGACGCCGCCCCAAACGCUGUCGGCUCCACUCGUGCCCCCCGGUGCAGCCAAGUCCGACAGAGGCGCACCCGCGCCAGCGGAAUACCCGCCGUUCGGCCGCACGAUUCCGGUGACUCACUCGAGACCACCCAAGAGAAGAAGCUGCUGGUGCAAGUGCUUUUGUUGGACUAUAUCUCUCCUCAUAUUCCUAAUCCUCGUCCUCGGAAUCCUCGCUGCCAUAAUCUACUUCGUCUUCAAGCCGAAAAUCCCAAAGUACUCCGUUGACGACCUGACAAUCACCCAGUUCAGUCUGAACAACGACAACACCCUCUACGCAACAUUCGACGUGAACAUCACCGCACGAAACCCCAAUAAGAAGAUCGGUAUAUACUAUGAGAGCGGGAGUAGCAUAAGCGUGUGGUACGUCUCAACACAGCUUUGCCAGGGUUCAUUGCCUAAGUUCUAUCAGGGCCAUCAGAACACGACGGUGCUCACCGUAGCCCUGACAGGACAAACUCAGGACGCGGCCAAUCUGCUGCAGUCGCUGCAGGCCCAGCAGCAGACCGGAAGCAUCCCUCUGAGAAUGAGGGCGACAGUGCCGGUGCGGAUCAAGCUUGGGUCUCUCAAGCUGACGAAGUGGAAGUUCUUGGUUAGGUGCAACCUGGUGGUCGAUAGCUUAGAUGCUAAUGAUGUUAUUAGCAUUAAGAGCAGUACGUGUAAGUUUAGGUUUAGGUUCUAGCUUACUUAGUUUUCAUUACCUCCAUUACUUGUGCCAUAUACCAUUAGAUCAGUAUUAUUUGUAUUUUUGCUAUGGGUGCUGUUUACCCAAGAUGAGGAUUAUACAUGAUGUUAUUUGCUUUUGGGUUUUGGGUGUUGUUUAACCCAAGUGGAGGAUCAUCUUUGACAUUCCCCCUCCACCUUGUUAUUCUAUACACAUAAUGUAUACGUAUUCAGAUUAUUUAUUUAUUGAGAUUUCCUACUCCA